GAGACGAGUGAGUGGUGCAAGGAUUGUCCACAGUGUUAUGUCAUACACACCAAAGUCCCCACAGUCAUCAUUAAGUACGGUAUAACAGUAACAACAGUUAAUUGUAUAAGAGAAGCAAGUGGCUAACACUGAGUUACUUAUAACAAGUGUUGAGAGAAGGUGCAAUGACUACGAUGCAGAGGUCGCAGCUGGCAGCCUGCGUAGAUCCCUCAGAAUCUGUACAUGGACAAAAUGAAUCCCAUCUCAGGGACAGCGAGGUGUUUACACCUGAUCGCUCUAAACCUACUGUCCUUCGUCAGUUCAUGGCUACGAUAGUGGUGGCGCUCACACAACUGGAGUUUGGUGCUGUAGUUGGCUUUGCUGGAGUAACGUUGCCACAGCUGAUGGAUCAAUCCUCGGACGAUCUCCAGUUCAACACCUCAGAGUCAGCACUUUUCGGAAGCAUGACUUGUGUAGGUGCCUUGCUGGGGUCACUGACUGUCAGUGUACCGAUGGUGAAGUUGGGCCAGAGAGUGACGCUCUUGUUAUCUCUUCCCAUAUCCCUCGCCAGCUGGAUUAUCUUUGCCACAGCACCCACAAACUGGGUCGUCCUGCUAGUUCGCUUCUUCCAAGGCAUCACGACGAGCUCUAUAGCAAAUUCCUCCUCGACUUACGUGGCAGAGCUUUCACACAGUAAAAUAAGAGGGCGACUAAUGUCUACUCUUGAUAUCUCGCGUCAGAUGGGCACUCUUCUGGCAUAUGCUCUGGGCAGUUCAAACCUGACUUGGCGGAAAGUAGCAUUAACAUGUGGUUUUGUCAACACUGUAAUUCCUUUUGUUUGUCUGCUAUAUUUACCUAACUCCCCUCGCUGGCUGGCCACACAAGGCUACAUGGACAGAGCUCACAAAUCCUUGUUGUUCUUUCGGGGACCAAACUAUGAUGUCAACAAAGAAAUGCAAGACAUUAGAGAUGAGCUUGAGAAGACGACUAAUGGCGGUGGUAAUAUAUUAGACCAGCUACGACAAAUUAGAACUCCAUUAACAUUAAGAUAUCUUAUUAUCAUGUCUUUUGUUCUUUUUUGCCAACAUUUCAAUGGAUUAUCAGUGAUACCAAUAUACACCGUAGUCAUUAUAAAUACAGCAGAUAUUAGCAUGAAUUCAUAUUUGUGUGCAGUAUUAUUAGGAAUUAUUCGGGUCUUAGGAACGUUCUUUUACACAUGUAUAAUUGACCGCAUUGAUCGCAAUCCAUUAUUUGCAACACCUUGCAUUACAUGUAGUUUGUGCAUGAUAGGACUUGGUGUAUACUUCUUUGACCAAGUUCACGACAGAAGUUUCCAUGAACAAAAUUGGUUACCAAUCGUCUGCUUAGCUGUCUAUUCGUUUUUCUCUGUUUCCCCAGUUAUAUGUGUAUUUCAGAGUGAAUUAUUUCCAAGUUCCGUUCGUUCUACUGUUGUACCUAUUUUAAACACAAUGUUUUUCUUUGGGGCAUUCACAGCCUUACAGUCGUUCCCUUACAUAGUGGCAGCGUUCGGAAGUUAUGGGGCGUUUUGGAUUUUUUCUGGAUGUGGUGUCCUCCUCGCUGUUCUUGUGGCUGUUACCAUCCCCGAGACUCGAGGAAAAACACUGGAAGAAAUAACAGAGUUGCAAAUUGCAAGGAGUUGAAGAACUAAGAUGAAGGAAGUACUUAGUGGAGAGAAUGCUGGAAGAUGAUGCUCUGUGAAGUGUGAAGUAAAUACUUGAGAAAGGGUUGAUGUCAGGAAAAUAAAGUAGAGGCGAGGAGAAAAGAGAAGAUAAAAAGUGAGAAGAGAAAAGGCGUGAAUAGAAGAGGCGAGAGGUAAGGCAAGAAACGAGUAGAAGCAAGAAGAGAGAGUUUUUUUUCGUUGUGAGCGUUUGCAUGCGUGUACUCUAUUUGUACACACCUGUUUGUGGUUGCAGGGGUGAGGUCACAGCUCCUGGCCCGGCCUUUUCGCUAGUCGUUACUAAGUCCACACUGCCUUCUUCAUGAGAUUUAUUGUACCAGGUUUGCAGCCAGGUUUGCUGUCCAUAUCCAUUUGUAGUCCUUCCUGAUCCUCAUCUGUGUGAAUUCCCCGCAUUAGCUUCAUAUCAUCUGUAAACAGAGACACCUCUGAAUCAAUCCUUUCGUCAUGCCAUUUACAUGUAUCAGAAACAGCACAGGCUCUAGGACUGGCCCUUGUGGAAGCCCGCUUGUCAUGUACGUCCACUCUGACAUUUCGUUAUGUAUCAUCAUUCGUUGUUUCCUUCCUCUUAGGUAUUCUGUGAUCCAUUAGAGUGUUUUUCCUAUUAUUCCUGCCUGCUCCUGUAGCUUUUGCACUAAUCUUGUAUGCGGGACUGUGUCAAAAGCCUUGUUACAGUCCAAGAAUAUGCAGUUUACCUACUCCUCUCUCUCCUGUCUCACUUCUGUCACAUUGCCAUAAAACUCCGGUAGGUUUAUGACACAGGAUCUCUCUUUACUCAAACCAUGCUAUUUAUCGUAUGUAAACUCAUUCAAUUCCAGAUGCUCCACCACUCUUCUGAUAAUCUUCUCCAUGACUUUACAUACUAUACAUAUCAGUGAAACUGGCUCCUUAUGCAUGCAUAUUCAUUUCAGAUUCUUUAAAUGAUCUCGUUAUUUUCCUGCGUCGUUUGUCUUGCACGCUUUUUUUUCAUUCUCUAGAGCACUUAGGUUUGGCCUCUCUAUAACUUUGGGUCAUGUAUUCCACCAUUUCAUUUACUGUUUUACCCGCCAGUUCUCAUUCCCAUUUUCUUCAUAUAGGAAAUUCCCGUUGCCUGUAUAUUCCCCUCAUUUAUAGUUUUCUCUUUUCCCGUCCUUCUCAUGCUGCUUCUCUCUCCAGUUUUUGGUCUACAAUGUAUUCGAAGCUCAGGACCACAUGAUUGCUAGAUUCGAGGCACCCUUCAUAAGUGAUAUCCGAUCUACUCAAGCUGAAUAUGAGGUCCAGCCUUGCUGGUUCAUCCUCUCCUCUCUCUCUGGUUGAUAAUAUAUUGAUGCAUGAGGUUUUCCAGUAAUACCUCCAUCAUCUUAGCCCUCCACGUUUCUGGGCCCUCAUACGACUCCAGGUUUUCCCAGUCAGUUUCCUUGCGAUUGAAGUGACCCAGAACUAGUAAAUUUCCCCUGCCCACGUGGGCCUUUCUGGAUAUCUCAGAUAGUGUACCAACCAUUGCUCUCAUUAUAUUCCUGUCUUGUCCUCCUGCUAUUCUGUGGUGGGUUAUACACCACUGCAAUUACCACCUUGAAACCCCAGUCUUAAGUGUUCCUGUUAUGUAGUCCCUUCCUUCCCCUCUGUCCUCUCCGUCCAGCUCCUCAGAACUUCACUGGUUUUUGAUGAGCAGUGCAUCUCCACCCCACUAUUCCCUUAGUUUCUGAUAUCCAGUUCGAAAGAUGGUGUCUUUUAUCAUUCCUGUGAGUUUGGUUUCGAUAAGUUUUAUGAUAUCUGUUACUGCAUCCAUGAGUCUUUCAUGCCAUUCCUCACAGUUAAUCAUCAUUGCAUCUGCACUGGUGUACCAUACCUUCAGCUUCUUUUUGAACACUGCAGUCGGGAGGAGGUGUGGGCUGGGGGAGUGUGAGACCUGGCAGGGUGCUAUGGGUGUCUGCUAUUGUGGGGUCUGUGAGUGUGGAGUGUUUGCAUUGGGAUAAUAUGUUUCGUUAUGGGGUUCUGUGGGUGAUUGUGCUUGCAGCUCUUCCCAACUCUGGUUGUCCCCUCCUUGUCUCUCUUUCUUGCCCCCUUUCAUCGUUGUAUCAUCUCAUUUUCUGUCUUUCUGUUCUCAUUCUUUUGCAACCUAGGUACACCCUAUGGUAUUCUUGCUGUUCCACACCACUUCAAUUUUGAAAAUCAGUUUGGCCGAUUUCUUUCCCUCGUGUAUCUCCAUAUUCCCUGAAAAUUUAUCACUCAGACACGUCCUCCUCUCCUGUUUGUUUGAUGAUAUUUUCAGUUUCUUGUUUUCCUCUCCCAGUCAGCUUAAUUCGUAUAUCCUCCUUCCAGUCUCCUGAAGCCCAUGAAUAAAAACUUACCUCUCCCUCUCCUCUUCCCAUUGCUUUUUCCUCUGCUUUUGUGGGACCCAUUCAAGCAUAGCCAUUGCUGCUUUCCUUAUUUCCUGGAUUUUCUAGUGACCUAAUUACACCUCUGCAGGGAGGCUUAUCAUCAUCUCUACCUACAAUUCUCUUACUGCUGUCACUGUGCCCAAAAUCAUGCCACUUUCAUUCCUCGACAUU